CACCUACUUUCAAAUAUAUACCUAGUCUAGUGUCUCGCCUACUAUUCAUAACGGAGAUUUUGAAAAGCCUGUCUCAUACUUGUUUCCAAAUUAGACUAGGUCUAACUCUACCCGUGCCUUAAUAACUCACUUGUUAUUAUUACCUCCCUGACCUCCACCCCACUUUGCCAGCUAUAUAACUGCAAUAUCUGAACCAACCAAGACGAGAACUUCGCACUGUAAUAUAUCACACGUGACUGGUUAAUUAUCUAGCUGUGGCGCUGCCUUGAACACUAUCACUGAUUGCUUGGAUGACAGUGGCUGUCACCUACAUGUACAGCCUGAAGGGAAAAAAACACAGAGUUUUCUUUUCUUUUCCCCAGAUGAGACAACUUGAUGACCAGAUCACAAGCGUUUAGCUUUCAACAUGGCCAACACUCAAUGCUUUCCCAGAUGUUCAGUCCUUCUGCUGAUCCUGAUAUCCCUGAUAGUAUGUGUAAAGCUGGACAAUUGUUCUCACGGAUCAAACUACCAGGGUGUCUGGAAUCGCGCCUUGCAUGGGCACGUGCUGGCGGUUAAAACUGCUGGUUCGGUUCUCAGCUGUGCCAAAUACUGUUUGGCGAACCCGGCUUGUGCAUCGUUCAACUAUGCGAACAGUGGCAACCUGUGCCAAUUGAAUGACGCCACGCGGAAUGACUCUGACCCAAGCCAGUUUGUCAAACGAGCUGGAAGCACCUACUACGAGUCUGGCCCAUCAGCAGUAUCCGAUUCUGGCUGCAGCACAUCCUUGGUCACCGACUCUCCCGUGUCAACUCAAAGUCCACUACCUACCAGCUGUAAGCAGCUUCUGGCGACAGGCUACAAGCAAAGUGGUGUCUACACCAUCUACCCUGACAGUCUUAGUGGUGGCCUACAAGUCUACUGUGAUCAGACAGACAACGGCGGAGGGUGGAUCGUCUUUCAGAGACGUCAAGACGGCACCGUGGACUUCUACCGCGACUGGAAUCACUACCGCGCCGGCUUUGGCAGCCUGACAGGCGAGUUCUGGUUGGGCAACGACAACCUGCGCAACCUGACCGAAUCGAACGGGGGAUGGACUCUGCAGAUUGACUUGGAAGACUUUCAGGGGCAGAAACGUACGGCGGCGUACAGCAGUUUCAAGAUAAUGGGAGACAAGUACGUUCUGGAGAUUGGCUCUUUCAGUGGGGAUGCUGGGGACGCACUGUGGAUACACAACAACAAGGCGUUUACUACCCAAGACGAGGACAACGACAAAAAAACAGACGGAAACUGUGCACAGCUGUUCGAGGGGGCUUGGUGGUUCGAUCGGUGUCACUGGUCACAUCUGAAUGGUAAAUACUACCCCAAUGGCGCGCCUCCACUUGCUCACGGAGUCCAAUGGGGAAGUCACGUGGUAUGGGAUAGCUCUAUAUCUCUCAAAAAGACCACUAUGAAAAUUCGUGAAAGUGAAUAAACUGGGCAGUUCUGGAUUCCACAUUUUACUUUUUACCCUAACCCACUUGGGCGAUUUACUAGGAACCUUCCUCACUCUUGCAAAAUCAGACACCAUAUAGUAACUCAGCACCCAAACUGUUGGUCUCUGGUGAUUAACGGUACGCCUGACUCCAUGUACAAAGUAUAAUCAGUUUUACUGGUGCGGUACUCACUCCAACAGAAUCAAACGAAACAUGCAAACAUGGUUCCGGUUAAGACUAAGGGAAUAAAUGUGUGCUUC